GCUUAAGUGAACAAGCAGUCACUCUCAUGGCCCUAGCGCUAAGCGAGGCAUGAGGCUCCCUCUGAAGGCAUAAAUUGGUCCCUUCUGACCCUCCUCAACUUUUUCCCCUUCCUCAUUCUCAUCCUCUUCCUCUUCUUCAUUAGUCCUUCUACCUUCUCUCCUUUUUGCUUUUUGAUAUCUCUUUGACAGAUUACUCUUUCAGCUAGUCUCUGAGUUGUCCUUCUCUUCGACAGUUCACACUAUCACUCUCACUCUCCCUUCUGCCUUUCGAUAUCUCUACAACAGAUCACUCUCACAGCUUGCCUCUGAGUUGUACUUCUUUUCUUUCGGUAAAAAAACCAGAACGUUCCCGAGAACCAGAACCAUGCACUUCCUUCCUCUGCAUGUGUUUUUCCUGUUGAUAGCCCUUCUUGGGCUAGCUGUCGGAGAGCUUCUUUCCAACGAAGUCGACCGCAAACACCAGCUUCCUGAUCCUCUCGUUGGGUUUCCCCUUUCAUCUUCCUUCAAAAAGACCCAUCCCAGCCCAAGCGGCUUCAUUGCAUUACCCGAGAAUGGGAAGAAUAUUUCGGAGAAACGCCCCUUGGCCGACUUGGAACUGUAUCGUACCAAGGGCAGGUUGGCCGCCAGGUCGAUGGAUGCUGCCCACAACGAACGUCGUGCGGACACAGGCCCACCAACCGUCAACGAGUACGAUUGGGAUGUAGUAGAUUAUGGAAAAGUCAAUCGACUUCAGGAUAUGUCCCGCAAGGCUUUGGAGCACCUGGAUCUCGGAUACCUUGAAGAAUUUUUUAAAGGGAAGGACGCUUGCUACAGAUCGAACCGGAAUAUUCAUUACGAUAACCAAUAUUGCGCAUAUGGUCAUGCGAUAAUUGCGAAAGGGAUUUUCAGAAAGGAUGAACAUACCGGUGAUAUUGCACGUACCCAUUGGUCUGAUGUGACAUUCCCCAUAUGGAAAGAGUACUGUGAAGGAGAUGGAAUCGCUCCUGGGGAUCUCGAAUACAUCAUCGAGGACACGGUCAUUAACAAAGAUACGACCGAUAUCAUUAACCAGAUCAUCCCGGCUUCACAAAGGCGUCAUUUGGAUUUCUCUAAAGUAUUCACUCGAGAUAAUCCAGACUUCUACGCUCUCCUUGCUACUCCCAAUGCUAUCGGAUCGGCCUACAUUUGCAUAAAUUAUGCAACCUCGAUGAGGUAUAAGAGAGUUGCUUCUAUUACCCCCUUCUACAAUACUCAAGCUGCCGCGUGGUCAAUGAUCAUUAAAUUCGAGCAUUAGUUGAACUGGAUUCUGAGGAGAUAGUACUGCGGGGCAGACGUCACCCUUGACGUACAAGAAUUCGAGGGAAGUACGGAGUAAUUGAAGUCAAGUGAUUGCGAAGGAUACAGGAAGGAUGGGGAGAGAUAACAGGGAUGGGAUUAUGUAAUUUGAUGGUUUAUACGAAUUAUGGGUUAUGAAGAUGCAAAAGUCGCAUGGAAUGAACCAACAGUUAAGGAAUGCUCCAUAUAAUAACCAUUAGCCUUGUAGUGUUUCGCAGCAUCUUCUCUGUUUCCUUUGUCUGCAUGAUUCCAGCAUAUGCUUGGUGUCUAACAUUGUUUGACAUUUUGCUCAAAUAUUUCCAUUUACAUUUACUAGUGUUAUUGCCGCUAGUAGUCAGCUUUAAUGUACUUACAAUAGUUAACUAGUUAAUCAGUGUGACGACCAUACCUGAGGUAUGACCGUCAGCAUGUGACCCUGGCACUGGCACAUCUUAGAAGGUGCCAGCAGAUUGAGCAAGUAGGGCACAAGGCUAGGGCUGAGGGCAGGCAGCUGCCCUCACCUCCUAUUUCCUCCCCACCAUGUCUUUCACCUUUUUUCCUUUCCUUCUUCUCCUUGUGUACGAUAUUCCUAGACAGUACGGCCAAAUAGCG